AUGGAUGGUGAACCUAAUGAGAUAAUCGGACAAAAUAACGAUUUAACGGAUCUUAAUAUCGAAUUACUAGACAAAUCUUUAACAGAUCAAAUAAACCUAAAGUCAAGUGAGGAUAAUGACGAAACGUCUUCAGAACGAAACGAGACACAAGAAGAUGGUGAUGAUGGAGAAAAGAGAAAUUCUGAGAUAUAUGCAGGAGAUAUAAAUAAUGACGACCAGAUUCUUGAGGAACAAAGGCGUGAAAUUAUUAGAUUGAUAAAGCUUAAUAGAGAAGAAGAACGUGAAGGUGACAGAGUAUAUAUUAUCCCAAAAGGAUGGUAUGAGUUGUUCUUUAACACAGAACUCAAGGAUUCAACAAAAUUGGGUCCAAUUGCAAUUAGUUCCAUAGUAAGAGAUUAUAAAAAUUUCUUAUUAAAGGAUUAUGAAACUAAUCCUUAUACAAGCUUACCAGAAACAGUUUUUAUUAAACUUGUUGAGUGGUAUGGUAUGUCUGAAGAUUCAAAACCUCUUUAUACAUAUCUAAUAAGAGAUCAAGAGACUGGAAAAUUGGUAACUGAAUACAAUAAAAUAUAUUUCAGAAUUCAAUAUUUAAAGGCACCCGAAAAUCGUUCGAGGAGUGAGACUAGUUCGACUUAUAGAGAUAUUAAUAAUUCGAAUUUUUUCACGGCCUCAGCAAUUGAUACUUUGAAGGAUUCAAUGACUAAAGUAGUCGAAUAUUUUUUUGAUAUUGAGAAUGAUUUAGAUAUUGAAAAACUCAAGAUAAAAGUUUGGUAUGUCAAUUCUAGACAAGAUGAAAAUCAAUCUGGGGACAAUUCUAAUUCUUCAAGUUAUUUAGUUGAUGAAAUACAGUUUCUUUCCUCUCAUUCAAGAACACAUAUAACGAAGGAUCUUCUGAACCAGAAACUUAGAGAUCUUAAUAUGUUGUCAGGUAAUUUUGUUGUUGAAGUCAUACAAUCUCAUAAAAAUUACCAUUGGGUCUCGAAUUAUUUAAAUUAUAAUAAGAUACAACCAGGACGUGGAAUUAUGGGGUUACAAAAUUUGGGUAAUACCUGCUAUAUGAAUUCAGCUUUACAAUGUCUUGUUCAUAUACCACAAUUACGAGAUUAUUUCUUAUAUAACGGAUUUCAAAGUGAGAUCAACGCUACAAAUCCACUGGGUUAUCAAGGUUACAUGGCUAAUGCGUUUUCAAGUCUGAUACACAAUCUCUUUGCUGAACGUCUAGGUUCAAAUAAUAAUGCGACUUCCAUGGCACCUACUCAUUUUAAAUCCACCAUUGGCCAUAUUAACAACAUGUUUUCUGGUUACUUACAGCAAGAUUCACAAGAGUUUCUGGCGUUCUUACUUGAUAGUUUACACGAGGAUCUGAAUAGAAUCAUUGAUAAACCAUAUAUUGAAAAGCCAUCCUUAUCGGACUCUGAUGAUGUUGAUGAUUUUGAGACAGUUAGAAAAUUGGCCAACGAUACAUGGGAAACACAUCUACGGAGAAACGAUUCUGUAAUUACUGAUUUAUUUGUUGGGAUGUAUAAAUCAACAUUGGAAUGUCCCGAAUGUAAUAACGUAUCAGUUACCUUUGACCCUUACAAUGAUUUAACUUUACCUUUGCCUGUGGAUUCUGUUUGGAAAUCCAAAGUAAGAAUAUUCCCUCAAAAUUCUCCACCAUGUACCUUAGAAGUUGAAUUAGAUAAAAACGCUACAUUUCAAGAUUUGAAAGAAUAUAUUGCGAAGAAAGCCCAACUCGAUGUUAAUAACAUUUAUGGCUGCGAUAUAUUUAGUCAUCAAUUUUACAAUAAUUUUGAGUCUAAUAAUUCUCAAUCUAAUUUUUUGGGUGUGAAGGAACUUAUUUCGGAAAAUGAUUUAGUAAUAUUUUAUGAAAUACAAGCUGAAAAAGGAGAUACAAUUAUUCCUGUUUUAAAUACAUCUAUUGAAGAUGGUUUUACAAGCUCUAGAUUAUUUGGUAUUCCAUUUUUCAUUUCUCUAUCACCUUCAGAGAUAAAUAAUCCUUUGAUAGUUAGAAGAAAAUUAGAAAACCAAUAUAAAUAUUUGAGUGGUGGAUAUAUCCAUUUCCCAUCUCAAAAUAAGGAGUAUGACGAUAAUGACGAUGGUUCUGCGGUUUCUAUUGAUAAGUUUCAAUCGAUUAGAGAAAAAUACCCUGAUGUUGACUUAGAAAAAUAUACAGAAUAUCUAAAAUAUGCCAACCCUACCGUUCUUGCUGAACAAGAAAAUCUCACUCCAGAAGUGGCAAGCGAAGAAAACAACCCAGAGGGUUGUAAAAAGUUUUUCGAUAUUAAAAUUAUAAACGGUCUUGACGAUCGAAUGCUUUCAAAAUCUUCAAAUGAUUCCAAAAGGGAAAGUCCCGUCUUCUGGACCCCACCUGGACAUAUGAACUAUCGUGGAGCCAGAGAUAUUAAUGAUUUUAUGGAUCCUAUAAUUGCUGAUAUUUAUAAUUAUGGGACUUCGAAGGAAAAUGCAAAUACUGAAACUCAGGAAAAUGAUGUUGAGAUGAGUGAUGAAGAAAAAAAAGAGGAAGAAGAAAAUGUUGCGGUCGAGGAAGAACUAUUAGAACAACCACAAGAAGAAAAUGAGGCAAUGGAUGUUGAAGACCUAGAAGAUUUAAAAGUAGAACUAAAUGAAGAGAAAAUGGUUGAACUGGAUACACCAAAUUUUAGUGACUUGUUUAAGGAUAACAAUACAGUCAUUGUCUGUGAAUGGAAUACUUUAUCUGUCGAUGAAGCGUUUACAUCUGAUAAGAUUAUUAACUGGGAGAGACCUGGUGUGUUAGAGAAUAAAGAAUUAGAUGAGAUGAGAGAAGUACGUUCUAAUAAUAAUAAGAAAAAAUUAGACAUUACACUUGGUGAUUGUUUAAAGUUAUUUUCUAAGAAAGAAGUUUUAGGGGUGAAUGAUUCUUGGUAUUGUCCGAAAUGUAAAGAACAUAGGCAAGCUUCAAAACGAAUUCAAAUAUGGAACACACCAGAUAUAUUAUUAAUUCAUUUGAAAAGAUUUGAAAGUUCAAGAUCUUUUUCUGAUAAAAUUACAGAAGUAGUUAAAUUCCCCAUUACUAAUCUUGAUAUGCGUUAUCACGUAGUAGAUCAAGAAGAUCCUCGAGGUUACAUAUACGAUCUAAUUGCUGUAGAUAAUCAUUUUGGUGGUAUUGGAGGUGGUCAUUAUACUGCAUAUGUUAAGAAUUGUGUUGAUAAUCAAUGGUAUUAUUUCAAUGAUGGUCACGUAACAGAAGCUGUACCUGAGGAUAGUAUAGCUGGUUCAGCGUAUUUAUUAUUUUAUUUACGUCGUCCAAUUAAUGAUGAUUCUCAGGGGGAUAUUGGUUAUGGUAGUGAACGAUUACGUGAGAUUUUGAAUGAAUCGAGGUCAAAUCAUGAUACGCAACUUGAACAAUUGAAUAGAGUUCAAGCUGAAUUGUACGAGACCAACAAGACUGAUGCUGAGGAUAUGUCCGAGGAAGAAGAAAAAGAAGAAGAUGAAGAAGAAGAUAUGCAAUAUAGUAAUGAGGAUGAAUCAUCAUCUUUAGAUGAAAAUAAAAGCGGUGAAGAAUCAAUUCAGAAUUCUACGAACGAAUCAAAUCCAAGUUUAUCAGAUGUCAAUAAAAUAAGUGAGAAUGAUAAUGACGAGGAAGAAGAAGAAGGUGAUAGUGAUAGUACAAAUUCAGAUAGAAAAAGAAUACGAUUAAUACAGGAUCAUGUUACUAGUACAUCAUAA